UUCAAAAAUUCUACGCUUUUCUUCAGUUUAGUGAAAUUUUCUAGAAAUAUUUUUGGGAUAAUAGUUUUUUACCAUGGAAAAAUAUAUACAGGAUUUUAUACUGCUAGCUGAGAAAUCAUCAGCUGUUCUAUUUGGACGUUUACAUCUAUUACUGGUUUGGAGUUCAUGUCUUAUAUCACUGAUAGUUGUAUGGUCUAUUGAAUUUUUCGUGAAAAACAUAAUCAAAAAAGAUUAUGUUGAUAAAAAUACUCUCAGGAAAAUUUUUCUCGCCAUUGAGUCUUGUAAUACGAUAGAAACAAUACAACUUCUUCAGAAGUAUCCUAAUUGCGUGAACUCCCGUUUAGGUUCCCUGAACUAUACACCAUUUUUGAUUGCAUGCUACCAUGGUAAUACACUUCUUGUGAAAUAUAUGCUUCAUAUUGAUGCCGAUAUCAAGUCUCAGACGAAGCGCGGCGAAACGCCAUUUUUUCUUGCCGUUGCUCAUCUGAUUAACAAUCCCUUCAGUAUAGAUGCAUCUUGUAUAAGAGAGCUCUUUUAUGCCGGCUGUGACAUAAAUGAGCCGAACGAAAAGGGCUUCACGCCUCUCCAUCUGGCAGCAUAUUUUGGCCACAGGACACUGGUUAAAUGGCUUCUAGAAAAAGGUGCCAAUACAAGGGUCUCCCCGUCUCCAGUUGAAAUUGCUUCUAAACAAGGUCACUUAGAAGUUGCCUCAGCGAUUUCUACCUGGGAAAAUAGAAGGAGAAUGAUAACCCCUAAUUAAUCAAAUAUCUUUUUAUUAAAAAAUAUUAUCACACCUACACAUACUUAAGUUAAACAAACAUGAUGUAAAACAACUUUAUAAAUAGUGAAUAUAACAAUUGUUGGAACUAUGA